CACCUUUCGUCCUUUUAGAAUCAACCUCAGCUACUUGGGACCUUGGAUCCCUCUCAAUCUCAAACAUAUUGCAAACAAUCGAUGUUCAUCAGGACAGCACUCCGUUCGACUAAACCUAUUAACACUACCCGUAUCACUUCUUUCCGACUCAUCAACACCACUUCCAUCAGAAUGGCCGCCGACGAUCAGUACUCCAAGAAGUCCGAGGACCAGACUCCUGCGUUGAAGGACCGUGUCGCCGAGGUCGAGGCCAUCAUCAAGAAGGUCGGAACCUGCAGCUUGACCACCGUCGGUACCGACGGAUCUUUGCACUCUCGAGCUAUGCGACCCGCUUCGACCGACAAGCUCCAGCCCGUCUUCAUCUACGACAACUCGAGCCACAAGGACGAGGAGGUCAAGAAGGACUCUCACGUCAACGUCUCUUUCCUCGAGCCUACCAAGGGAGACUGGAUCUCGAUCGCCGGAAAGGCCAACACCACCACCGACAGGGAGACCGUCAAGAAGUACUUUAACCCUGCCACCAAGGCUUGGUUUGGUGACUUGGGCGACGGCGUCCACGAUGGUACCGCCAACGAUCCCCGUGUUACCGUCUUGAUUGUCAAGCCCGCCGAGAUUCGAUACUUUGCCCAAAAGGACAGCAUGAUCGGCCAGGCCGUCGAGGUCGCUACCAGCGCCCUCACCGGCAAGGUCGCCACCCCCGGUGCCAUCAGGACCAUCACGGGUGAAGAGGCCGCCACCUUGUAGAUUCCCCAUCAGCACGUAGUAUCCACCUGCUCCGUCAGGUUGUAAGCAUUUUGUAGCCAAACAUCACACGCCCGGUCCCGAUCACGCCGGAAGAAUCGCGGUCAAAUACAAUGAAUGACAGAAGAGAUUAUCGGCAACUCGAUUGGCCACUUUCGUGUCUUUUCAAGUGACGAGACGAUCGGGAUGCAGAAUCUGAUGAGAUGGAGCAGCGAACCUGGCUGG